AUGGUUCAGAACGAAGCACCCUACGACCCCUAUAUCCCUUCCGGUUCCAACGGAGCCCAGGGCAAUGGACAGAAUGGCAACCAGCGCACCGCCGCAUUGCAAGCACAAAUCGAUGACACCGUCGGUGUGAUGCGCGAAAACAUCAACAAGGUCUCGCAACGUGGUGAGAACCUCGAUUCCUUGCAGGACAAGACCGACAACCUGGCCGUCUCGGCCCAGGGCUUCCGCCGCGGCGCCAAUCGCGUGCGCAAAGAUAUGUGGUGGAAGGACAUGAAGAUGCGCGUGUGUCUGGUCAUUUGCGUCAUUGUUCUUCUGGUGGUCAUUAUUGUGCCCUCUGGUAAGCUUGCCCUCGCUGACUUCGUUCUGACUGUCUACUUUCUCCCCGGGCAUUCAAUGCUGACUCCAUCCCCAGUGAUUGCCACCAAGCACUAG